CUCCUAGCAGUCGGCGUAUCUUGGGGCAGGAGGAUCUGUGAGCCGGAUGGAGCCGGAGCUACAAGCAGCGGUGAAGCAGAAAGCAAGCUGAACUGAACGCGCCGAGUGACAUUAGCCGCGUCGACCUAGGCAUCUCAGGCAGCCCCGGCGUUUUGAAUAGCAUCAGAGGCAGCCUCGACGACUGCAGCUGCUUCAGGGACUGUGAGCUGCGGCGGUAGAGCCCGCUACAGCAAACGCAGUCUCGGUGGAGCUGGCGAAAACCUUUUCUCUUUCUAACUUGCCACCUCAUUCUACUGUAGAGGCUUCGGUCACUGGUUUUCUGUGGCUUGAUACAGAGAACCAUCACAAUUGUGCCUGGUAUGGACUUGUUGUCUGGGACGUAUAUAUUUGCAGUUCUUUUAGCAUGUGUCGUAUUUCAGUCUGGCGCCCAGGAGAAAAACUACACUGUCCGAGAAGAAAUGCCAGAAAACGUUCUGAUAGGCGACUUGCUGAAAGACCUCAACUUGUCACUGGUUCCAGACAAGACCUUAACAUCCCCUAUGCAGUUUAAGCUAGUGUACAAGACUGGUGAUGCACCUCUGAUUCGAAUUGAAGAAGGUACUGGUGAGAUCUUUACUGCUGGAACUCGCAUUGAUCGUGAGAAAUUGUGUUCUGGUAUUGUGGUGGAAACCCGUUGCUUUUAUGAAGUGGAAGUUGCCGUUUUGCCAGAUGAAAUAUUUAGACUGGUUAAGAUACGUUUUCUGAUAGAAGACAUAAAUGAUAAUGCACCAUUAUUCCCAGCAACAGUUAUCAACAUAUCAAUUCCAGAGAACUCGGCUAUAAACUCUCGAUAUGCUCUCCCGGCAGCCAUUGAUCCUGACAUAGGAAUAAAUGGAGUUCAAAACUACCAGUUAAUUAAGGGUCAAAGUAUUUUUGGGCUUGAUAUCAUUGAAACACCAGAAGGAGACAAGAUGCCACAGCUGAUUGUUCAAAAGGAGUUAGAUAGGGAAGAGAAGGAUACAUAUAUAAUGAAAGUAAAGGUUGAAGAUGGUGGCUUUCCUCAAAGAUCCAGUACAGCUAUUUUGCAAAUAAGUGUUGCAGACACAAAUGACAAUAGCCCAGUCUUCAAGGAGGAUGGGAUUGAAGUCAACAUACCAGAAAAUGCUCCUGUAGGUACUUCAGUGACACAACUCCAUGCCACAGAUGCUGACAUAGGUGAAAAUGCCAAGAUUCAUUUCUAUUUUAGCAAUCUAGUCUCCAACAUUGCCAAGAGGCUAUUUCACCUCAACACCACCACAGGACUUAUCACAAUCAAACAACAACUAGAUAGGGAGGAAUCACCGAACCACAAGUUACUGGUUUUGGCAAGUGAUGGUGGAUCGAUGCCAGCAAGAGCAAUGGUUCUAGUAAAUGUUACAGAUAUCAAUGAUAAUUCCCCAUCAAUUGACAUAAGAUACAUCAUUAAUCCAAUAAAUGGCACUGUGGUUCUUUCAGAAAAUGCUCCAGUCAAUACCAAAAUUGCUCUCAUAACUGUGACAGAUAAAGAUGCUGACCAUAAUGGCAUGGUGACAUGCUUCACAGAUCAUGAAGUCCCUUUCAGAUUAAGGCCAGUAUUCAGUAAUCAAUUCCUCCUAGAGACCGCUGCAUAUCUUGAUUAUGAAUCCAUAAGAGAAUAUGCCAUUAAAUUACUAGCUGCAGAUGCUGGAAAACCUCCUUUGAAUCAAUCAUCUAUGCUCCUUGUCAAAGUGAAAGAUGAAAAUGACAAUGCUCCUGUUUUCACCCAGCCUUUCAUAAGUCUUUCUCUUCCUGAGAAUAACUCUCCUGGCACCAAGUUGACAAAAAUAAGUGCAACAGAUGCAGACAGUGGGUACAACGCUGAGAUCAAUUAUCUGCUUGGUGUUGAUGCUCCAUCUGAAUUCAGUCUGGAUCAUCAUACAGGCAUUCUGACCGCAGUGAGAAAACUGGAUAGAGAAAAACAGGAAAAAUAUUCCUUCACAGUUCUAGCAAAAGAUAAUGGGAUGCCACCCUUAAUAACCAAUGCCACAGUUUCAGUGACCAUUCUUGAUCAGAAUGACAACAGUCCAAUUUUUACUCACAGUGAGUACAACUUCUAUGUACCAGAAAACCUUCCAAGACAUGGCACAGUAGGACUGAUCACUGUAACUGAUCCAGAUUAUGGAGAAAAUUCUGUAGUCACUCUCUCCAUUUUAGAUAUGAAUGGUGACUUCACCAUUGAUCCACAGACUGGUGUCAUCCAACCAAAUAUUUCAUUUGACAGAGAAAAACAAGAGUCUUAUACUUUCUAUGUAAAGGCUGAGGAUGGAGGUAAGAUACCACAUUCUUCAACUUCCAAAGUGACCAUAAAUGUGGUUGAUGUCAAUGACAACAAACCAGUUUUCAUUGUCCCUUCUUCCAACAACUCCUAUGAAUUGGUUCUACCGUCCGCUAAUCCAGGCACAGUGGUCUUCACGGUACUUGCUGUUGACAAUGAUACCGGCAUGAAUGCAGAGCUUCGUUACAGCAUUGUAGGAGGAAACACAAAAGGUCUGUUUAUAAUUGACCAAACAACAGGCAACAUCACACUAAAGGAGAAAUGUGUUGUUACAGACCUUGGUUUAUACAGACUGAUAGUUAAAGCUAAGGACUUGGGACAACCUGAAUCUCUCUUCAGUGUUGUUAUUGUUAAUCUAUUUGUGAAUGAAUCAGUGACCAAUGCUACAUGGAUUCAUGAACUGGUACACAACAACAUUGAAACACCAGUGACCCCAAAUAUUGAGACAACUGAUGCAUCCUCACCAACCAGUGACUAUGUCAAGAUCAUGGUUGCUAUUAUUGCUGGCACCAUAACUGUCAUCCUUGUUAUUUUCAUUACUGCAGUAGUACGAUGCCGCCAGUCACCACACCUUAAGGCUUCUCAGAAAAACAAGCAGAAUUCUGAAUGGGUAACUCCAAACCCAGAAAACAGACAGAUGGUAAUGAUGAUGAUGAAAAAGAAGAAGAAAAAAAAGAAGAAGCAUGCCCCUAAGAACUUACUGCUUAACUUUGUCACUAUUGAAGAAAUUAAGGCAGAUGAUGUUGACAAUGAUGGAAACAGUGUCACACUAGACCUUCCCAUUGAGCUGGAAGAACAAACCAUGGGCAAGAACAACUGGGGCACUAUACCUACUACCUUCAAACCUGACAGCCCUGACUUGGCCAGGCACUACAAAUCUGCCUCUCCACAGCCUGCCUUCCAGAUUUACCCUGAAACUCCCCUGAAUUCGAAGCACCACAUCAUUCAGGAACUGCCACUUGAUAACACCUUUGUGACCUGUGAUUCCAUCUCUAAAUGUUCCUCCAGCAGUUCCGAACCUCACAGUGUUUCUGAGUGCAGCUAUUCAGUGACAACUUUCAAAACUCCUGUGUCUGUACACACUAGACUGCCAAUGAAGGAGGUUGUACAAUCUCAUACCCCAAUGAAAGAGUCAACAACCAUGGAGAUCUGGAUUCAUCCCGAACCACAGUGGAAAUCUGGGAAAAAAGAAGGAAAGUCCCAGCGGCAUGUCACAUUUCACUUACCAGAAACCUCCCAGGAAAGCAGCAGUGAUGGUGGACUGGGAGACCAUGAUGUGGGGAUUCCUAGCACAUCCCAUGCCCUGCACUUUGGCUAUCCUCAGGAGCAGUACUUUGAUCAUACUGCACCGAAUAACCGCACUGAAGGGGAUGGCAACUCUGAUCCUGAAUCCUCUUUCAUCCCUGGACUCAAGAAAGUUUAAGCAUAGUCAACGUUUUGUCUGAGGAGGCAUUCAAG